AGCGUGUCAUGUUACGAUGCAUUCCAUAUACAUAAGAAUCAUCCCCUUCUAAAAGCAAACCCUGGGAGUGACCAGCCUGAUUCUGGAAAAGUUAAUAUAGGUUCAUACGGAUACGGCUCUGGAGGAUGUACAUGGACAGCAAAUCACUGCGGACCUAAUUACUGUUGCUGUAAAGCGUAUAAUUAAUCAAUUAAUGCACGACACAUUAAUAGACAUAUUACAUGUAUUUACACAGAAGACAUGUCUCGUGCGAUAAAUCUUAUGGUUCACUUUUUUGCUGUUUUUUUUUAAAUUAAAAUUUAGACAGUAGAAGUUGAGCUUUUCACCCUUCACAGCCAAAUAUUAACCUCUUUAUAUUGAAUAUAGGUAAAGUACACCAAAAUGUUUUAAAUUACCCCGUUUGAUAUGUUUUCUAUAUUGCUAAAAGGAUGUCAUUAUGUCACACAUUUUUCUAUUGUAUGGCAAAAUACAACUGCAUUAUUAACUCAAAAAUAAAAUACUUCAGCGAGAGAA